UAUGUGGGGGAAAAAAAAGCCAUUUUCUGGCGCUGCUGCAAGAUCUAACGUUAACCAGCUCAAAAUAAUUUACCUGUAUCCACGUCGGGAGGUACGGGUGUUUUUCAUGUCAAAUCAGAUCCUUCCAGAUGGAUAAAAUGCAACCCAGUCGGCUAAAAAUCACAGAGCUGAAUCCUAACCUGAUAUGCCCACUGUGUGUGGGCUACUUCAUCGAUGCCACAACCAUUGUGGAGUGCUUGCACUCAUUCUGCAAGACGUGUAUUGUUGCCUUCCUGGAAACCAACAAGUUCUGCCCCCGAUGUGAUGUGCAAGUACACAAGACGUGUCCACAGCUCAGCAUCAGGUCAGACAAAACUCUACAGGACAUUGUAUACAAGCUGGUGCCUGGAUUAUUCAAAGAUGAGAUGAAACGAAGGCGGGACUUCUACACAAACCAGGAAAACCAACACCUGGAGCCAGGAGAAGUGGUGGAGGAGCCGACUAUUAUUGCAGAAGAUGAAAUCAUCAGUCUCUCCAUUCAGUUCCAUGAGAAGAUCAAAAGUGACACACAACCUGUGGAUACAGAAGGAGACAAUACCAACAGCAAACGCUUCCUGCAAUGCCCGGCAGCCAUGACAGUCCUGCACUUAGCCAAGUUCCUGCGUAGCAAGAUGGAUAUUCCAAACACCUUACGGAUUGAAGUGCUGUAUGCUGAUGAGCCCUUAAAGGACUACUACACACUGAUGGAUAUCGCCUACAUGUAUUCUUGGCGACGUAAUGGCCCCCUCCCCCUGCAGUACUGUGUCAAGCCCACCCGGAAGCGUCGAAGGCUGUCCCAAGGUGCCGCCCAGGCCCACUCCGACGGUGUAAACACAAGCCCCACCUCUGAGAGCGACUCCCACAGCGACAAGGCCCUGAGCCCGGCUGGUCAGGUCCCCAGAGCCUCCACCCUGCCCAGCCCUGCCCUCCGAGGCCAACCCUCUACCCUUCAGAGCCCCAGCGGUACCACAGGACCCAACGGUACUCAACGGCUCCCUCUAGCCUCCAAGUCAGGGAGCAACGCCCGCAAGGUGAACGUCAACGGCAAAAGCAAUGGAGCAGCGACUGAGACUAGGGGAGGGGACAAAGGGGCGGUAUCACCCCCAACCUAAAUCUGAUACAUCCCAGAAACAUGGAGAGUGAAACAGAAUUGCCCCAAAAUGUCGGAGUAGCCCCUCAAUGGACCAAUGGACAGACAAAGAGAAAAUCUGCGAAGAGAGUACUGAGGGAGAGGGCGAUUGUGAACAGUAAACAGACUGUCAAGUGCAGCCAAAUAGACAUUUCAAUGUGUGUGUGUCUGUGCGUUAGAGUAAACAUGCAUACAAAAUGUACAAUAUGUAUCCAAUGUGAGCAUUCGUACAUACCUGGUCAUGUAUAUAGAGUAUCUUUUAUACAGGAUAUUGUAAUUGUUUUGUAACUGUAUGAUAUGCAGUCGGUUCACCGAUUCCUUUCCCCAAGUCUUCACAAUUAAUUUGGCUUUAAAAUAUCAAUUGACAAAAUGCUAAAUGGCAUUGCGAUUGUCUGUCUGUAUGGGUAUGUAAUAUAUAUAAUAUAUAUGCACACACAGUUGAAGUCGGAAGUUUACAUACACCUUAGCCAAAUAUAUUUAAACUCAGUUUUUCACAAUUCCUGACAUAUAAUCCCAGUAAACAUUUCCUGUCCUAGGUCAGUUAGGAUCACCACUUUAUUUUAAGAAUGUGAAUUGUCAGAAUAAUAGUCAAGAGAAUGAUUCAUUUCAGCUUUUAUUUCUUUCAUCACAUUCCCACUGGGUCUGAAGUUUACAUACACUCAAUUAGUAUUUGGUAGCAUUGCCUUUAAAUUGUUUAAAUUGGGUCAAACAUUUUAAGGUAGUCUUCCACAAGCUUCCGACAAUAAGUUGGGUGAAUUUUGGCCCAUUCCUCCAGACAGAGCUGGUGUAACUGAGUCAGGUUUGUAGGCUUCCUUGCUCGCACACUUUUUUUCCAGUUCUGCCCACAAUUUUUUUUAUAGGAUUGAGGUCAGGGCUUUGUGAUGGCCACUCCAAUACCUUGACUUUGUUGUCCUUAAGCCAUUUUGCCACAACUUUGGAAGUAUGCUUCGGGUCAUUGUCUAUUUGGAAGACUCAUUUGCGACCAAGCUUUAACUUCCUGACUGAUGUCUUGAGAUGUUGCUUCAAAAUAACCACACAAUUUUCCUGCCUCAUGAUACCAUCUAUUUUGUGAAGUGCACCAGUCCCUCCUGCAGCAAAGCACCCCCACAACAUGAUGCUGCAAACCCUGUGCCUCACGGUUGGGAUGGUGUUCUUCGGCUUGCAAGCCUCCCCCUUUUUCCUCCAAACCUAACGAUGGUCAUUAUGGCAAACCAGUUCUAUUUUUUCAUUCAUCAGAUCAGAGGAUAUUUCUCCAAAAAGUAAAGAGGCACUGAGUUUGAUGGUAGGCCUUGAAAUACAUCCACAGGUACACCUCCAAUUGACUCAAAUGAUGUCAAUUAGCCUAUCAGAAGCUUCUAAAGCCAUGGCAUCAUUUUCUGGAAUUGUCCAAGCUGAUUAAAGGCACAGUCAACUUAGUGUAUGUAAACUUCUGACCCACUGGAAUUGUGAUACAGUGAAUUAUAAGUGAAAUAAUCUGUCUAAACAAUUGUUGGAAAUAUUACUUGUGUCAUGCACAAAGUAGAUGUCCUAACCGACUUGCCAGAAUUAUAGUUUGUUAACAAGACAUUUGUGGAGUGGUUGAAAAACUAGUUUUAAUGACUCCAACCUAAGUGUAUGUAAACUUCUGACUUCAACUGUAUAUGUAUAUAUAUAUAAAACCUAGAAAUAUAAAGGCAAGAUCUGUCUUCUUGCCAUUAGUCAUACUGUAUAUAAUAACUCUGGUGUAUGUAGAUAGAUGCAGUACUUUCAACUGGUAAUGGCCCCAAUCACCAAGGACAAUAGAUUUGUACGAAACGUUUGAUGCACUUUCUUUGAAAUGCAGAUCACAGUAUGCGAGUACUAAACUUCCCUGUGCUUUGACAUUAGAAAAGCCAUUAUAUUUAUCAAGCCUCAAGCAGCACUACAAUCGUCUGAAAAACGUAGCUUACUGUACGUUUCUCAGCAUUACAUACCGGUACCCGUUCUACUCACAUCAGAGAAAUGAGUUCAAAGGGAAUUGUAUAUCUGACCAUGUACACCUUGUUGUAUUUUCAUACACUUUUGACAUUCCCUCAAUGUAUAUUUUGACCAUUCAAUGAUAUUAUUCUAAAAUAUCAGCCAUAUGUGCAUGUUUAGGUCAUUAAAAUGUUUACUUGCUUGGUUUUGA